AUGGCUCACGCUCAAGAGAGUCCCACCAAGAGUUCAUCAGAAGGUGACCUACCCAAACAAAGCCAGCUCAAACAUUUCAUGUCCACACUCCCAGCAAGAGAAGGGUGGUCACAACCACUGAUUCAAUACAAGAAGUACUGGUUCCGGCCACAGAUGCUAGAGAAGAUCUUGCUAGUCCAAGAAACCUACAAACCCCGCGCCGACGACAUCAUCCUCGCCACGCAGCCCAAGUGUGGCACCACCUGGCUCAAGGCACUCGCCUUCACCAUCACCAACCGCUCCCGCUACAGCUUCGCCAACCACCCACUCCUCACCCGCCACCCUCAUGACGUCGUGCCGUUCAUCGAGAUCUCUGGCCUCAGCACGGAUCAUGCUGAUAUUGAGACGCUUCCUUCUCCGAGGCUUCUCGCGACGCACAUGCCCAUGUCGAUGCUCCCACCGGACACGACGAGUUCGCGUGGCCGCCGAAUCGUGUACCUGUGCCGGGACCCCAAGGACACCCUGGUGUCAAGGUUGCAUUACGAGAACAGAGUUGUCAAGGGUUGCAACUUGUCGAUGGAGAAUGCUUUCAGCAUGUUCUGCGAGGGGUUCUCGCCUUAUGGCCCCUUCUGGGAUCACUGCCUCGAGUACUGGAAGGAGAGCCUAGCAAGGCCUAACAACGUUCUUUUUCUGAAGUAUGAAGAGAUCAUGUCAGAUCCGGUGCAAGCUGUGCGGACGCUAGCGAAAUUCCUUGGCGUCCCGUUGACCGAAGAGGAGGAGAGCUCUGGCGUUGCCGAAGAGGUGGUGAGGCUGUGCAGCUUUGAAACGCUUACCGGCCUACAGGUUAACCAGGUGGGCGGAGUUGAUCGAGGAAACAAAGUGUACCUUGAUAACUCUGUGUUUUUCAGGAAAGGGAAAGUAGGAGACUGGACAAACCACAUGAGCCAAGAGAUGGCGGAAAAGUUAGACCGCAUCGUCCAAGAGAAGCUCCAAGGAUGCGGGCUUAUGUUUUGAUUCUUGAGCAUUUCUUAUGUUUUAUGUCCUUGG